CUAGGAACCUUUCGGUUUAACAAAAUAAAAAGAAAUGUAGAUGUUCUAACAAGUCCCUAUCUACUACAACAUCUAGUUUUGAAAACUGAAGCCAGCUUGUAAGGUGUAGGCUAAAUUUAAACUUUUAUUUAGUUUUAGAGGUGUUUCAACAAAAAACAUUUUAAUCUCUUUAGUUACUGACAUUGUUCAUUACCAAGUAAUCUUAGGUAAGGUCUGAUACACUACUUACUAUGUGACUGUUUUAAUGUUGGUUUGCAGUAGUCUCUAAUACAGCAGACAUUAAACUCAUCAACUGAGUUGCGUUUGUUCUUUUAUUUAUGGGCUUUACGCUGUAAACUAUGUAGUCUGUUCUUGAAAGUGAACUGUCAAAGCGGAACACUGAGAUUUCCCACGCUCGGCACACUCGGUGUUUCCCUAUUUCAGCCUGAGGGACAGCCCUCUCUGCCAGUGGCACCGCCUCAGGGGCGGGGGCUGGGCGUUCCGUCCCAGGCAGCCCCAUUCUCCUCCCCAUCCUCUGCCCCCAGCUCGGUCCGUGGUGGCCUUGGAGCCGGCGCUGGGCUUGUGCCAGGGGCUUUGCUCGGGCCUCUGCCCGGCGGGAUUGUGGCCCGCCGAGAGAAGUGUUGGACCUGGGCCUGUAAAGAAUGGAAGAAUACAAAGUGUUGAAAGCACUAGGAGAGGGAUCCUUUGGCAGAGUUCUCCUAGUUCAUCAUAGAAUCAGUGACCAGAAGUAUGCGAUGAAGGAAAUAAGACUUCCCAUGUCUUCAUCUGAUGUAUAGAACUCUAGGAAGGAAGCAGUUCUUUUGGCUAAAAUGAAACAUCCAAAUAUCGUUGCCUAUAAAGAAUCGUUUGAAGCUGAUGGACAUCUGUAUAUAGUGAUGGAAUAUUGUGACGAUGGAGGUCUAAUGCAAAAGAUUAAACACCAAAGAGGAAAUUUGUUCCACGAAGAUCAGAUCCUUCAGUGGUUUGUGCUGAUGUGCCUGGCUGUGAAGCACAUUCAUGAUAAACGUGUGCUGCACAGGGAUAUAAAAUCCAAGAACAUCUUCCUCACUCAAAAUGGGAAAGUGAAACUGGGAGACUUUGGAUCUGCACGCCUUCUUGCACAGUAUGUGGACAUCUCCACUGAUCUCAGUGGUGUCAAGUUUUAUUUUACCAUUCACAAAUAUUGUGCAAUUGGUUUUCCAGAGGAGAGAAGAAACCUUCUAGAACUUCAGGUUUUUUCUGCUCCUCUUGCAAGAAAGGUAUCGGUCACUUCUUGUGCAGGAAGUUUAAAAUGGUACAGUGCCUGCAUCUCUUCAUACGCAUUCCAGAUUAUAAAAGAGUUUGAGCUGGUAUUAAAGGAAACCAAGAAACAUGAAGGCAGUGCAGCAAGACAAAAGGGUAGUGUCAUGGCUGGUGGAAGCUCCAAUAAUAGGAAAGAAAAUAGGCCUGUUUCUGCUGGCUCUCCUGGCAGUAAAAAGUUCCACUGUGACCUUUCUGUAACUUUUAAUGCAGACAGUGUCAACCUUAGUUUUCUGAGAGGUGGUGGUGUUACAAACUACAGUGAAAAUAAGCCACGUAAGCAGUGGAACAAGGAAACUCCUUGGACCCUGAUGAACAUUCUCAGUAAUGCAGAAGUCAGCCUAGCAUUUAAAACAUACACAAUUUAUAAGACAGCUCAUUAUGAUGGACCUUCACUUGCAGCUCAACAACUGAAUGAAGUUGUGAACAAAAUGCAGAUGCUGUAGAGCCAAGUGCCCUCCAUCCUGCUCAGUGGCCUGGUUGUAUGUGUUAGGGGGGUGCAAUAAGCACACUGCAGCCCCAUCAGGUAAAUCCACUUCCACUAAGUCAGCAGUGCUCUGUUUUGAGGGCAGGAUGGUAAAAUGGUACAGCCAAAGACAGAUGCAGUCUGAAGAUGUG